GACAACAUCUCUGCGGUUGUGUAUUUUGAGGAAGUCCAUUGAUGAUGUUGUUGCGAAAAUAGACGUCAGGGAAAAGUUAUUUACCCGUACUGUCUGGAGGACAACUGCCUGUCCGGCCUGCAUCAGGAUGUUACUGAAAAUUCUGCUGGGUUUCCUGUGUGGAGUUGUUGCUUUGGCCGCAGAAAAUGACACGGCACAGCAGGGUCCACCGGCGCUGCUGCUGGUGUCGUUCGACGGUUUCCGAGCGGACUACCUAAAGAGGUUCCCCAUGCCGAACCUCAAGCUCCUGUACACCCAGGGGGUCCUGGUGGAGCAGCUCACCAACGUCUUCAUCACCAAGACGUUUCCCAAUCACUACAGCCUGGUGACAGGGCUGUAUGCUGAGUCUCAUGGUAUCCUCGCCAGUAACAUGUAUGACCCUGUCAGCCACAAGCACUUCCACAUCAACAACGACACCGACCCGAUGUGGUGGAACAAAGCACAGCCCCUCUGGGUCACGGCGCUGGACUCUGGCUACAAGACGGGAGCAGUGAUGUGGCCCGGUUCCGACGUGAUCAUCAGCAACCGCACGGCGACACACUUUAUGUCCUACAACCCCGCUGUGACGUUCCAGCAACGACUGAGGAACGUGACAAACUGGAUGUUGGGAGACGGAAAGGAGCCAGGAGUGAAGUUCGCAGCUCUCUACUGGGAAGAGCCGGACCGGUCAGGUCACCUAUUCGGCCCGGACAAUACAACUGCUAUGGGCGAAGUGCUGAAGGAGGUUGACGACAACAUUGGCCUGCUGAUUUCCGAGCUGAAGGAAACCGGCCUCUGGGGUCGCACCAACAUCCUGAUAACCAGUGACCACGGCAUGGCUCAGUGCUCGGCCGAGCGCCUCAUACGGCUGGACGGCUGCCUCCACCCUGACAACUACACGCUGAUCGACCUCUCCCCCGUUACUGCCCUCAUCCCAAAUAAAGACCCAGAGGCCGUCUUCACUCUCCUGAAUGAGUGCCACCCCCAUAUGACCGCUUAUUUGAAGAAGGCCAUCCCUGAUAGGCUGCACUACAGGAACAACGAGUGGAUCCAGCCAAUCAUACUGAUUGCUGACGAGGGCUGGACUAUAGUGCAGCGAGGGAACAAGCUGCCACGGUUGGGCGAUCAUGGCUACGACAACUCUCUAUCCAGCAUGCACCCCUUCCUUGUGGCGGCGGGGCCCAGCUUCCGUCAGGGUUACCGAAUCAGCCGUUUAGAGAGCGUGGACGUCUACCCGCUCAUGUGCCACCUGCUGUCGGUGAACCCGCGGCCCAAUAACGGCACCCUGACCCAGGCUCGAUGCAUGCUGGCUGCCGAGACCUGCUGGGACGUCCCCCUGAUGAUCGGCCUGGUGGUGGGCGUCCUGUUGAUGCUCUCUAUAAUCACUGUUCUGUUCAGGGCGCUGAGCCAACGCCGGGCGUCAGGCCCCCGGCCCUUCCAGAGGCUGCAGGUUGACGACGACGACGACGACGACCCCCUGCUGGAGUAAACCAGUCAGAGCACACACUAAUGUCUAUCCCCUGUUUGUGCUCCAGUAGGAACUUGACAUGUUGCACUUUACUCACCGAGGCCGCUGCGCUAGCUUUCACUCUGACGUGCUUGUGUUGAUGUUCGCGUACAGACAUGCAGUAGAAACACCUGUUGUUUUAAAAGCCUUCAGGCCUACUGACAGCUGCUGUAGGAACCACUGAAUACUCUAGUUGUCACUGACUCCAAAAUGUUGCUGUUGUUUGGGCUGCAACUGACGAUGAUUAUUUUCAUUGUCGAUUAUCUUCUCGAGUAAUCGAUUAGUUGUUUGGGCUAUAAAAUGUCAGAAAACGGUGGCAAAUCUGUGUUUCCCAGAGUCCAAGAUGACGUCCUUAAAUGUCUCGUUUUGUCCACAACCCAAAGAUAUUCUGUUUACUGUUGUAAAGGAGAACAUAAACCAGAAAAUAAUCACAUUUAAGAAGCUGGAAUCAGAGAAUUUUUACCUAUUUUGUUUCUUAAUAAAAUAAAAAUUACUCAAAAUGAUCGAUUAUCAAAAUAGUUCGUAAUCGUUGCAGCCCUUGUUGUUACUGUUACAAUAGACUUGAAAAUGUGACAAAAGGCCAGUGGCGUUUUGUUGUGGAAUGUAACUUCUUUUCAGGAAAUACUGACGGCUUUGUUUGGUGAGAGGAUUUUCACAAGGUGAGGAAUAAUUGUAUUAUUUUGUUUUAAAUAAGUGAUUUAACACAUUUGUUUUUUGUGGGAAUUGUGUUUUAUAAAAAACUAUUAAAAAGUUUUUUGUAGCGUUACUUUUUGUCAGCAGAGGGAGCCAGUAGCUCAUUUAAGAUUUAUUUAGCAUCUCACUGAGGUGCUGAGGAAAGCUUGAAAGAUUUUUAUGUGGAAUUUUUUUUGAUUGUCUUUGAUUUUUUUUAGAUUUAUGUGUUUACUGUUACUGCUUUGGCUUAUUUGUUACACUGAAACCUGGGUCUGAGUCUUCUCAAUGGCACUUACAUUUUCCUUCCAUCCUUAUUUGCAUGUCUGAAAACUUAAUUCUAAAUUGAUUCAUUUUUACUAUUGGAUUAUAGUGUAUGGGUAAUAAUGAAUAUAAAUGCUACAGUAAAGUAAAAUGGUGUUUUUAGAAAGGGUGAUUUCUAUGCAAAUUGUUCAGUAAGUGUAGGUGUGUCAGGCAUCCAUUCUGUAUGUCCAGCAUGUAUAUGAAUUGUACCAAAGACUAUGAUUGAGAUGCACAACAGAUGCUCUAAGAGAUUUUCACCAUCUUAAAAAGAGACAUUUUUACUGAGGGAUUUGUUUUACUAAACAAUAUAAUUGUUAUUAUUCACAUUGGGUAGGACACUAACACAUUGGAUCACCUAUAUUCAAAAUUAGCAGAUCAAAUUCAGUUAAAAAUUAUUAAAGAGCAAGUUUCCAUAUUUAUCUGACUUACUUUUACAUUAAAAUACCAAAGCCAACAAAGAAUUGAUCCUCCUCCUACUUAUCGUCUGAAUAGUCUUAUAUAUGUUAUUCCUGCAAUAGAGCGCCUUGGUUGUUCAGAAUCCACCAUACGCUGACCCGCUGCUGUAAAUACUAAAGCCCAAAAUGUGUAUUCAUCCGCAGCUGAAAGUAGUCCCCAACAAAUGCACUAUUUCCUCUUGUUUGAGUGACUUUUGCUAAAAACUACAGUGCCCAACUGUUUAAAUUAAAUGAUUUAGGGUUUUUUUCAAGAAAAGGAAACAAACACAAAUAUAUUUCUGAACUGUUUUCAGGAUUUACGUCUACAGUAGGAACCAAUGGGUUUCGGGCUGAGUGCCACUGAUAGGGUGGGGAUGUGGGAAAGUAUUGAGAGAAGGACUAACACAUUAUUGGUUUUGGUCUUUUCUUGACAAUAUCAAAACUAUAGAAUACUACCAGCCUCAUCCUUUAAUGCAGUGCUGCUUGCAUGCAUCUCCAGCCAUGUACCUAAUGCUAUGUAUAUACUAAUGCUUCUAUUUGUGUGUGUAAAUAUGCUUCUUGCUGCUGAAACAUGUGAAGUUAUGUUCUUUCUACUGCAUAUAGCAUUUUUAAAAGCAUCAAUUUAUAAAAUAACAUUUGUUGCCUUGGUAUUAUCAGACCAUGGUUAACAUGACCGACUCACUCUAAUAGCAUUGUCCUUUGUGGUACUCCAGUACUCCACUUAUUCUGUGUAUUUUACUGUAAAACUGCAUGAUUUGGUGCCAUAAAACCAUCCCGGUGUAAAAUACAGGUCAGUGGUAUGGAGGGAAAUGCUGUAUAGAAGCUCCCAGUCAUGGUCUCAUUUUUAUCAUAUCAUAUUUAUGUCUUUGGUGUUUAAAUGCUACAUGCAAACUGCAUCUUUGCACUCUGUGUUUGAAGUUACUGUUUUUAAUUGUCUAGUUUUGAGAAGGGUAAAAAAAUCCUUUGUAACUAUGCAAAUCCUGUGUGGCCUGUAGAGAGAUUCCUGUGACAUUUUCAAAAUGAAUAAAGUUGACUGAAAAUCUG